GGGUAGGAAAUGUUUUUAAGGGCUCACUUCAAUUUUUGUCAUAGGUGGGAAAAACAUAGUGUGCCUCCAAAAAAAGUUGUUUGUGCUCACUGUUCUCAUUGAGUCAUAUCAGGUUCCAUUUUCUUAGCUCCUGUCCUGAGUCUCGUGUUGUGUACUACCAUGGCUGAGAGAAAGAACACAACAUUUUGUAACACAGCUUACAAAUGUAAAUCCAAGGCUGAUGAAGUCAAUUCAACCUCUUUCGUUGCUCAUGCUGCAAGAUUAAAAAUGCAGGAGGACUAUCUUGAUAAGGCACAAGCAAUUGCAAUCAAGUGUAUGAAAUGUUUAGAUCAUCAUGCCACACAAGAUUUAUCAGCUGUUCAUAAAGAGAUGGAAUGCCAGAGAAUUCAAGAGAGUGAGGAACUUCAUCAUUCCAUGUUAUCAAUUUUAAAUUCUUUGAACCAGCUGAGAGAUGAUAUACAGAAUGAAGACAGACUUAGACAAUUAGAUAUGGAACAUUACCGAAGAAGUAUAUAUGAGCUUGAGAAUAAAAUAAGGACUUUCAGUGAGACUAGUGAUAAAAGAUUUGGGAAAUUAUUAGAAGAAGAAUGUACCUUGACUCAUGACCUAAACAAUUUGGAAAACAAAUAUGUUGAUUGGAGCCAGGCUGUGAAGCCAUCACUGCUAAAACUCCCAGUGAGAACUGUUUCAAAGUCAUAUAUUUCAAACACUGAUAAUAUUAAGGAGGAAGUUUCAACUUUCCAGACAUUCCUCCAAAACACUGGGGGUCACACUGGUGGUUGGGGUGAAGAAGAUCAUUGUUUAUUUCUCCACCUUCGUAAUAAACACAAAGGAAAAGCUUCAUUUCUCAGAUCUUUGAAACAGCAUCUCCCUGAUAUUUCAGAAGAAGAUAUGAUGUUACAUGAACAGUGGUAUCAGCGGUAUGAAAUUCUGAAAAUCAAACAAAAACAAGCCAUUCAGAAAUGGAGAACUUUAAAGAAUAAAAUGAACCAAGAAAACAAUACAAAUUCUCAAUCAGUAGAAUUAAAUCUAAGAAGUAAAGUGCAAUAUCAGAAGGAUUCAGUAGAGAAGAAACAACAAAUUGAAGAAUGGAAGAAAACCUUGCAGUUAAAGAAACAUCUAGAAGGCAAGAAGCAGUGGGAGGAUAAGCAAAAGGAGUUAGAGCGUGAAGAGAAGAAAAGAGAGAGGCAGGCAUUGAAGAAAUUGGAAGUUGAGUGUUAUAAGGAAGAGAAGCACCAUGAACAACAGGCUAGGAUGUUAGUUAAGCAGUUGAGAGAGCUGCGUGAAAUAGAGGAACGUGUUGUCCAGGCAAACAUUCUGCGUAAAGCUUUCAGGGAGCGGGAUCAGUUAUUUGUUGCUCGUCAGCUGUCGCAACGUGAACAGCAAACACUAAAGAAAGAACAAAGGAAGAAACAGGUUCACAUUCCAAAAGAGGAAGUAAACAUAGACAGAGAUCCUGAACGUCUUUUAAAGCCUACAGCUGCUUGGCGUGAACGUUGCAAUCAGAAGACUAAAAGAGACACUUUCAGUCAUGCAGUUCCAGUCCUUCAUCUUCGGAACAUGCCUCAUUUACAAGUACCUACUUGGAGGAGAGGUUUGACAUGACCUUUAUUGUGUUUUUCCUCGCCAUUAUGAACCGUGUAACUUCAGUUGUCUGUGAACUACAUAUAAUUAUACUAAAUUAUUGGGAAUCCAUUUUAUAUAAGAACCCAGAUUUUGUAUUUUUGUAAGCAACAUUAUUUCAUGCAUUUUUUAUGUUUCAUUUUA